AAUGGAAAAGCAUGUAAUCUCUUAACAAAAGUUUAAAUCAAGCCAAAUAUGAAAUUAUAAUCGUGGUGUAAACUAUUGAAAUUUCUCAAAUAGAAUUUAUAAAGACAAGAUAUGUAAUGUUUAACCUCUAAAUCUGUAGAUCUGUGUGGUAGAAAAGAAUAGCAUAUAAAAACAACAAUUUUCUGGAAAUUUAAUGUUUAAUCUCCUAGAUGCGAGCACUUAGAAAUAUUCAAAACACAAAUUUGCAGAAACAUUAAACGAAGUUUAUGAAUCUAUAUGCAUGCUAACUAUAAUUGAGGUGAAAACACGCUACAUGCACAAAAAAAUCAAUGAAGUUGAGGUUAAGUUAUCAGGGAUGAAAAAUCAAAUGUUCUCCCACCCACAAAAGAUAAUAAAUUUCAGUGAAAAUAAUCACCACCUUUCCAGAUGUGAUGCCAAUUGGAGAAGCAGGAGUACUCUACUCGCCUAGAAGGGCUAAUGGAGUAAAGGAGCGGCGCUUACAGAGGGGCUAUUUGGGGGUAUAAAUCAAAAAAUUGUUUAGGGUUUUGAUAAAAAGGGCGGGUCGGCCCAUUAGACUCAAUCUUAUAAUUUAGCCCAAAGUUAAAAACUUCAAUUCACAUGAGAAAAUAGUUCAAAUGAUGUAUGCAUUGAUUGUUUUCAUGAAUCUAUUAGAAAUUUAUAAGAUUUUCAAUGUUAAAUACUCGCAGAUCCGAGAGAAAGGAUUACCGGAGAGAAAAGGCGUGAACAUCUAGCCAGUCAAUAAACAACUUCCUUUGAGAGGACCACCGUCUCUACAUCCCUUCCGAUAUCAGAGAAUAAGGUUUUUAGAUUGACGGAGAAAAGAGACACCAGACUCAAGAUAAGGAGCGGCGAAGAUUACAGAGAAUGGGGAAUGGUGAUAAUUGGGAGGGGGUAGAUGGGCUCAUCGGGUUAGGUCUGACCAUUUAUCUAAUCUUUGCUAUUCCACCAAUUAUGGGGUACUAGCUAAUUUAAGUUGUUUAUUUUAAUUACAAUAUUUUAUUAAACUUAUUUUUAUUUAUAAAUUUAUGUAAAAAUAAAAAAUACUCCAUAAUAAUUAUAAAAAUUAUAUCAAAAAUUCUAUAAAUCAAGAUGUGAAAUUAUUUUAUUAAAUAAAUAACCAAAAUAAUUCAAAUGUCCAUAGGUGUAAGUUUGCUAUCACUAUGCAUAUAUAUGUGGCCGGAGUAUUUCACAAAAAGUUUCCUGGAAAUUUGGUGUGUUCCUCAAGAGAAAUGUAUAACUACAUAUUCAAAAAAGGGCGGAGGAGAGGGGGGCAUGCCGGGGCACGUGCCCCCCGGCGAGGCUCCGGCGAUGAGUUGCUAUGGACUGGCGUCGGCAAUUGGAAAGUAUACCAGCUAUGGAGGAACGAAGAUCCCGAAACCUGGACCCAUGGGCCCUCCAUUAUCAAGGAGAACGAACUUCGAGAGGUAGCCGUGCUCCUGGGCAAGGGCUUCCGGGUCCACCAUCCCGAUGCCGUUGGGGGGGUUAGUUUAUCCUACAAUCCAAACCCCAAAAAAUAUAUGGUCAUGCAGUACCACUCCGUGGAAAAUGGGUUUAGGUUGCCCCUCCACGGUCUGCUUCGCGACCUCUGCCUCCAUUUCGGAUUCGCUCCGGGUCAAUUGACUGCCAACGCACACAAAUAUGUCGCGUCCUACAUCCUGCGGUGCUGUGCCCUGGACAGAACCCCGAAAUUGGAUGAAUUCCUUCUCCUCUUUAGUAUCGGUGGUUUCCCCUUCUACAGCCUAUAUCCCCACAACCAUUUCCCAAUUUUUGAGAAGGUUGAGUUCAAGCAUGAAAAAUGGUCAUUGAGAUACUUCGUUAUUGAGUUCCCGGCUCACAGCCCCCUUGAUCUACCGGGUGUUGUCCUCCGCCGUUCCAUUUCCCGGACGAAAUUUGCUACAGCAGAAUUAGCGGAGGGAGUGUACAACGCUUUGAGAGAAAAAGAAGGCAACUCCACUGCCUUGGCUAUCCGCAAGCCGACUGCCGCCUUGGAGGCCAUUCCCAUCUCUGCCAUUCCUGGGCUUAGGAGGCCAAUUCCGUCCCAGAAGCGGCCACGGGAGGGAGUCACCGAUGAUGAUUUCCUUCCCAAGAAAAACAAGGGUGAUGAUACUUCUGUUUCACCCAGCCCCCUGUCUGCUUCCUUUGAUACCCAGCACACCAUCCCUGCUGCCACAUCCGGGGGUUUGGAGCUACCCCACCCGGAUAUCUUUGAUUGCAAGGGAGAAGAGCUCCGGGACCAGUCUGCGCUCAAAAGACCCAUAACGCAGCCUCAGCCUGAGGCGGCCGGUUCCUCCCCACAUACCACAACUAUCCCCCAAGUGAUGGAGGAGGAAGGGGUGAGGCGGCAAGAACCAGAGUCUUCCCCCACAGCAGAGAAGGAGGUCGAAGUGCAGACAGAAACGGAAAUCCCCUCCUCGAAGAAGAAUGAGGUUGGAGAGCAAAGGGAUACUGAAGCUCUUCCAGAAAUGGAGAGAGAGACUGAGAGGCAACCGGAGCCGGAGGGACAGUGUUCUACGGCCACACUCCCAGCCCCCAAUAUCCCCAUGCAGCGUAAGUUCACACCGCGAACUUACCCCGCUUUUACAGAGGGUUGGGCAGGCUUUUCCCGCGGUUUGAGAUCCUUACAGGCUUCCCAUUGGACUAUCCAGGGGAAUCUAGAGAAGAUGAGGGAGUCAGUGCAGGAGCCUACAAUCCCCCAAGCUCGCCCUGACUUGCUUGCCCUCAAUACUCUGCACUUCAUGGAGCAGGCCCAGCAAUCACUCCUCACUUUGACUGAGGAGUACCUGGGUGGAGCAUCAGGGAACUAUCGGGCUGUAGUGCUCCUGAAGGAGAAGGCAUUGGCUGCCAAGGCUUUACAACAGAAGGUUGACUCCCUAGAACAACAGGUCCGGGUCCUUCAGGAAGAGAAUGCCCGGCUCAAGGCAGAUGGCUUAAUGGAGCUAACAGCUGAGAGGUCCAAGGUCAAGUCCCUGCAGGAGCAGAUCGCUACUUACCAAAGGGGGACUCAGGAUCUGGAAGCGCAAUUUGACAGACUCCGGGCACAAAUCUCCAUCCUGGAAUCAAGGGCCUCAGCUUCAGAAUACAAAGUGGGAAAUCUGGAAGCUGGAUUGAUGGAAGCAAGACGGCUUACCCUCGAGAAGUUGAAGGAAGAGAGACAGACUGCAAGCGAGCUCCGGUUAAAGAUGGAUGAACUGGAGAAGACAACUGCUGCCCAUCAAGAGGAAGUUGCCACUUUGACUGCCCGCGCUGAAGCCCUUUAUGAAGAAGGGAAAUUUGACAUGCAACAAUGCAUCUACGAGGAAGUUCAGAGUGGUCUUCCGGAAAACCGAUCCUUGGACGACUUCAUCUCUUACUAUGGGUUACCUCUUCCUCUUUCUCCCCCAUCUUCUCGUGCAGAUCCGGGGCUUUGACUUUAUCCUUCUCUGUCACAUGUUGUAUUUUGCUUUGUAACAUUUAGAUGGUAGUUAAUUGAUAACACUUGAUGUAUUUUGUCCGCAUAGACUCCUUCUAUUAAUAUGUCUGUUUCCCUUUUGGAACUCUUGUUUCGCCCUAGGACUUAACAGAUUUUUUUUAUCCGCCUAGGCUUUGGGCUUAACUGCAUUUGCAAUGUACUGUUUUUAUUGUUUAUCAUUGCGCUAAGUGACUGGCCCACCUCAAUUACGCCGGGCCCAAUUCACUCUAGCCCAAUAAUAAGAUGAUGCAACC